ACAACGUUCGCCUCCUUCUCUCCUCCCCUCUUCUGCUCCUUUCGCCGAGUGUGUGGUACUGUGACACGUAAACUUUGUCCGCCACAUUCCUCUGGCAGGAUACCUCCACCUGGGACAGGGAGAGCAGAGAAAAGACUCAUGCCUAGUCCCGAACCAGAAUAACGCAGAAUUUUACAAAAACCAAAACAAAACAUGGAGGCGAGAGACGCUACUGCAGGUGCUUUUGUUGGCACCGACAGAGGGAAAAAAUCUGCAAAGAAGGAUGCAGCCCCUAAAGCGGUGAAACCACAGACUAAAAGCAGAAUGGAGGAAAUGUUUGGCUUCAGGAAAGAGGACCUGAGCUCCUGGGAGAACCUGGUGACCCUUCUGAACCGACCCACUGACCCUGCAUCUCUGGGCAUCUUCCGCUGCAUGUUUGGAUUGCUUAUGGCUAUAGACGUCACACAGGAGAGGGGCCUCAGCCACCUGGAUUACAAAUACCUAGAUGGGGCCCCCGUGUGCCGAUUUCCUCUUUUCAAUUUCUUAGAGCCCCUCCCUCUGGAUUGGAUGUACGUGGUGUACCUGGUGAUGUUCCUCGGUGCACUGGGCAUCAUGCUGGGCUGUUUCUACCGUCUCUCCUGCCUCAUGUUCAUCUCGACGUACUGGUACAUCUUCUUCCUGGACAAAACAGCCUGGAACAAUCACUCGUAUCUCUACGGUCUCAUUGGGUUUCAACUCGCCAUCAUGGACGGCAACAGAUACUGGUCGCUGGAUGGAUUACGAAAACCUUCCAUAAGAAAUGCUCAUGUUCCUCUGUGGAAUUACACCGUACUGAGGACACAGAUCUUUAUUGUAUAUUUCAUUGCUGGAGUGAAGAAAUUGGACGCAGACUGGGUGGAGGGAUAUUCCAUGUCUUACCUGGCACACCACUGGCUCUUUGAUCCUUUCAAAGUGAUUCUUCCUGUGGAGUUAGUGAGUCUGCUGGUGGUGCACGGAGGCGGUCUAAUUCUGGAUCUCACCGCUGGAUAUUUGCUGUUUUUUGACGCCACACGGCCAGUCGCGAUUUUCUUUGUGUCUUAUUUCCACUGCAUGAACUCCCAGCUGUUCAGCAUCGGGAUGUUCUCCUACACGAUGUUGGCAACAAGUCCUCUCUUCUGCUACACUGAUUGGCCAAGGAGAGUCUUUGCCCGCUUCCCCUCUUUGCUAAGCGGAGUCCUGCCGUUCACCACAGAGGAGAUUCAGCCCAGCACUUCCUGCCUUUACCCUGAAAUCCACAGCAACGAACGUCCAGGGACACAAAGUCCUGGAAAAGCUUCCAAAAUGCGAUUUAAGCACAAGCUGGGAGCUGUUUUUACUAUUCUUUACAUAGCCGAGCAGUUUUUCAUGCCUUAUUCACACUUCAUCACACAGGGUUACAAUAACUGGACUAAUGGUUUGUAUGGAUACUCCUGGGACAUGAUGGUCCACUCCCGCAGCCAUCAGCACGUGAAGAUCACCUACAAAGAUGGAAAGACAGGGGAAAUUGGAUAUCUGAACCCAGGGGUGUUCACUCAGAGUCGCCGCUGGAAAGAUCAUGGAGACAUGCUGAAGCAAUACGCCACCUGUCUCAGCGGGUUGCUCCCCCGCUACAACAUCUCUCAUCCUGAAAUCUACUUUGACAUCUGGGUGUCGAUCAACGAGCGCUUCCAGCAAAGGAUCUUUGAUCCUCGCGUGGACAUCGUGAAGGCAGAGUGGUCACCUUUCAAACCAAACCCGUGGCUGAUGCCCCUGCUGGUUGACCUCUCACCCUGGAGGACCAAGUUCCAGGAGAUUGAGGGAAGUCUGGACAAUCAGACGGAGAUCGUCUUCAUUGCAGAUUUUCCAGGUCUCCAUUUGGAGAACUUUGUGAGUGAAGACCUGGGCAACACCAGCAUCCAUGUGCUGCAAGGGCAGGUGAAUGUUGAGAUAGUGGAGGAGAAGAAGAACCACACUCUGCAGCCUGGUGACCAGAUAAAGGUUCCUGCAGGGGCUUAUCAUAAAGUGUACACCAUAUCUGAGAGCCCUUCCUGCUACAUGUAUGUCUAUGUCAACACCACAGAGGCAGUGCUGCUGCAGAACUUCACCAAACUGCAGGAGCUUCAAGAGCGCAUUCGCAAUGGAACAGAAACGGAGCCUCUCCCUCCGGAGCUGCAGCCUCUCAUGGCGGCAGAGGACGACAGAGAGGCGGAGGUCAACGCCACCGACCCCGUCGUGCAGCUGUUCCUGAAGAGGCAACGUCGGAUGAAGGAGGUGAAGAAACGCAGGGAGGCGGGAGUUCUGGAGCGACUGGAUCGCUUUGUCGUUAAAAAGUACUACACGAUACGGAGGGGAUUUCUGAUGACAGCCAUUGCAGUAAGAAACUUGGCGGUAGGUCUCCCUCCUGUGGAGCAGCUGAGGAGUGAAGUAGCCUUUGCCAACAUGAAGGAACCUGAAGCAGAAGCCGAGCCAGACGAGACGCUCAAACGUGAAGUUGGUCACGCAGAACUUUAAAACUUGUCAAAACAAGAAGUAUAAGGAUGAACUCCGGGUACUGAAUCACACAUUCCUGUAAAUCUGUUACUGCUGGACUGUUACCGAGUGGCCAGGCCAUGAAAGAACUCUGAAGAACUUAGCAUUUCAGGUUAUUCCCAAAUGUAAUAUUUUGUUCUUAAAUUUCAGCUUCCAGAGCACCUUGCAGUACAACCAAAAGUCUGUAUGUUUGUGUUCAUAAUGUCACUGCCAGAAAGCCAUUAAAUUAUGAUCUGAUGGAAGAUUAACUCAUAAACAAGCCAGACUAUAAAUGGGAAAGGAUGAGGUUGAAUGAGUAUUAUGUCUUUAAGUUUCAGCAGCUUGAACCUUCUUUUUUUUUCUUUAGUUUUUACCAAAAUGUGAGGGGAAAAAAAAACAAACUUGACACAUGUAAUUGUGAUUAAUCUUUUUUUUAUUACACUGUAUUGAUAAAUGCAUUUAUUUAAUAAAAUCAAGUCUGACAAAA